GUUGAUAUUUUCAAUAGCGCUGAGCUUUAUUAAUCUAUAGAGACAAAAUGACAUUUUCUUUCGUGAACUGAAUCAUAAAAUUUUCUAUGUAAUCAAACUAUUUAAUCAUUCACAUUUCCUAAUAAAUUAUCAUUCGUCAUAUAGUAUAUGAAUUGAAGUAAUAUCUGCAAGUGACAUUGUAUGGCAGUUGUUGAAUAAGAGACAUAAUUGAUAAAAAACAGAUCAUUAUUUGUACAAUCGAGUGGAUAUAAAAACAAAUGUGAAGAAUAUUAACCAUUCUUUGUUACUAAUGACAUGUAUUCGGAUGAGAGCGAGUUCACAUAUGAUGAUAACGUAUAAAUAAUCGUUCUCAAGUGAAUAUCACAAAUGAAUGACUAUGACUGAAUAAUAUGUUCAAACAAAUCAAUUUUUCCAACAAAAUUCUUUUUUGUAAAAUAGUUUGAUCAGUUUAAUUAUUGUAUUUUAGAAAGUAGAUAUAUUUUAUGUUCUUAUUAUGUGCAUAAUUUUCUAAAACGCAUGAUAGUCUCGACAAAGAACAAAUCGAUUAACUGUCUCCAAAAAACGAGACAUAUUGUGGAAAAAUUACUAAUUAUUUGUAAAUAAAUAAAUGAAAAAGAAAAUAGAAUCUAUAUUAUAGAGGGUGUGUGUGUGCGUGGGUAUGUGAGAUUUAGUGUACUACGUGAUCAGAAAUUUUAUGAUCCCGAACACGCGUGAUUGUGAUCGUGCGUGAUUCGAACUUUUUUUCGUAAUCGUGAUCGUGAUUAUGAUGAAAAGUAAAAAAUUAGUAUUCACGAUUAUAAUAUAUACGUUAAAAAUCUUAAGUAUUUAUUCGAGAUUUAAUGUUCACAUUGAAAUCACCAAUAAUAUCUGAUAGCUCAUAUGCUAUUUUUAACAAAAAAAAUCAAGAAAAUAUAUAAGUUAGUUGAAUAAUAUUAUAUAAAAACAAAACUAAUGAAAAAAUGAGAAAAUUAUGUAAUCGGCUAGUUUAUUCAUCAUUUUCGCUUUCAAUAUUAACUAAAUAAUUAUCAUCAUUUUAAUGAUUAAUAAGAUGAUCGUGUUGCUUUGGUUUUUUCGGUAUUAGUUGAUCAUUCAUUAUGGAUGUAUCAUCUUUCGUUUAGUAUUUUUAUCAUUAUUAGUAUCAGCAAAAUUCAUAGGAAAUUUUUUACCUAAAAUGUCCAUAUUUUUUUGUAGAAACAUAAUUUUAUUUAGUUUAUCGGCACCUAGUCUUGUUUUUUUUAUCGGUAACAGUAAUUUACACGAUGAAAAUAAACCUUCUAUCGAAGUAUUUGAAGCUAGUACAGCUAAUACACCUCGAGCAAUUGAAGCAAUUAACGAAAAUAACUUCUGA